AUGGACGUCAUGGAGCUGGUAGAGAAUGAGCCCAACGCCCGACCUUUUGAGUGUGACUGGCAAGCAUGUAGCAAGAGCUUCAACCGGAAAUCCGAUCUUCAGAGGCAUUACCGUAUACAUACGAAUGAGCGCCCAUACUCUUGUAUGACCCCCGGUUGUGGCAAAAGCUUCAUCCAGAGAAGUGCGCUCACCGUUCAUAUCCGCACUCAUACGGGCGAGAAACCGCAUCAGUGCCAGCAUAUCGGUUGCGGGAAACGGUUCUCAGAUUCUUCAAGUCUUGCGCGCCAUCGCCGCAUUCAUACGGGGAAGAGGCCCUACAAAUGUGCAUACGAGGGUUGUCUGAAGAGUUUUUGCCGUAAGACAACGAUGGUCAAACAUCAGCGUCGUUCUCAUCAGAGGGGCAUUCAUUCCUUAGAGUUGGACGAUGGCGAAACUUCUGAUUCAGAUAGCGGUACAUCACCCUCGACUCCACAGCAAUCUGGGCAAGUACAGUGGCCACAGAGCAUGGCAGUUCUCACACGUUCCACGGGCCAACAGCGGCCUCACAUGCAACGAGCGCAUUCUUUUGCGGAUUUUGGGCAACAACAGAUGGAUGGAUAUCCAAUCCAGCAAAAUUACAACCACCGGCACAGUCUCUCAGGCGGCACGCAAACCUUCAGCAACCAAUCCAUCCCAGAAGAGCCUCACCAGAAUCCAUUGAUGCAAAGAGCGCCGAACCUGCCUCUCAAUGCUUCAUACUACGUACCGGAGCAGAAUAAUCCUGGGGUGGCGACUCUGAACACCAACCCACCUUCGCUCCAGACCUACCACAUUCCUCGCUAUCAAGAGAUUCUUGAGAGUAGCCCAAGCAGCUACUCUUCCGUUUCUAGGGCCAGUCCAGUAUCCCAAGAGCCAUAUUAUGGUCACCCAGCGCAAGCGGCAAACUACGUUCUCCAGGACUCAUCUCCUGUCGAUCAGCAGCCCGUAGUACAGUUCCAACACUUACCGCAUCAUCUCACCCAACAACACUCCUCAUCUGCGACUCCAGUCCCUCCUGUGCAAGAACACUUCCAACCUACUGCUCCACAAGACGGUCAGUGGUACAAUAGCAUAGCAGGCUACCAGGCACAAGUCGAAGCCAGUAAUAUCCAGGCCUACCAUCAAGCCCAAGUUUUCCACUACCCUUGGAUCCAAAAGAUUGAGACCUUCGACGACCCUUCCUUGCAAAUGCCUAGCGCCCGCAUUGAGAACCUAUAA